UCCAGUUCAUCCGCACCACUCGAUCAGUUGGGAUCAUUUCAGAAUCGUCGCGAUCAAGAUGAGAUCCUGGUACUUGGCACUCAGCCUGCUGCUUAUCGCAGCGUCCGUAUUUCAGCCCAUUGAGGCUCGCGGCGGAAGGGGGCGUGGCGGUGGAUCGUUCGGCGGACUUUUCGGCGGAUGGCGGAAGUACAAGAAGCCUUCGUCGUCGGGCGGUGGGCGGCGGGUGGUCAGCGGUUCGCCAGUUCAUACGGCCAUGACGGUGCCGAAACCCCCACCCCCGCCCGCACCACCAAAGCCGAUGAUGCCGUCUAAGCAGCAGAUACCCAGCUAUCCGCGCCAGCAGAUGCCACCGGGCUACGGCUACGGGUCGUAUCCUGGCCAAGUAGGUGGGACAUAUUACUCCAGUGCUCAGGCCUUGCCAGCGGGAGCGGUGUACUACGCCCAACCACCCGUGGGAAUGAACCGGGGAACGGGAACGGGAGACUUCCUGACUGGAAUGCUGGCGGGUCACAUGAUGAACAACUUGAUGUUUGGCCACCGACACCACGCAUACCACAGAAAUCGGGAGGAGGGGCAGACGCCGUCCCAGGGAGAUGGUCGCCAGAUCAUCAUCGUGAACAAUGGUCAGCAGGAGGGAGUUUUGCAGAAUGAAACCACUAUUUCAGGGGAAGCCUCCGCCGUAGUUCCUCCCGAAAAUCCCCUAACUGAGGAGGAAGAGGAGGGGCAGGGCGAGGGAGAGAGUGACCCUGUGUCUAGUGAGGAAUCCCCGGAAUUCGAGGCGACUCCUCAACCCUAUCCAGAUGGUGGCAUUAUUUGCUUCCCCAUCACGCUUAACGAAACAGAUCCCGAAAACUCAGAGGCGAUGCGAGAAGUGGAGCGGGUGGUUUGCUUCCCAGCUCCGCCACACAAUCCGGACGAUUUCCUACCCACCGUAACCACUGAGCCCCCCAUUGUUGCCGGCGAUAUUGUUGGUGGUGCAGAGGAUGGUUCGCAAGGCGGCGGAGUUGACGAGGCCAGCAAUGCUGGUGUUCCCAUCGAGGUGGCCAACUUUGUAGCUGCAAGAGCCGCCAAUGUCGAAAAGGACACAAUUUGAGUACUCCUACGAUAGAAACUAAGUAAAGAUAAAUAAACAUUAAUAAUUUAUUUCCAA